UUUACCGCCAGGUUCUCAGAACUUCAGAAGCCGACCUCAGCCCGUGUUUGGUGUGAUCACUAAUCCGGGGGUAGGGAGGGAGAGAGGCAGGCCCUAUACUUCUCUCGCUUAUAGAUGCGAGCACAGUUCCUUUCCUUUGAUUCUCUCCAGUCACAGUGAUCCUGCACCGCGCGUUCCACUUCACCUCCUGCUGCGUGAAGUCGCUCGUCCCGCAAGAGUUGAAGGAGCAGCCGAGACCGCCGAGCCACCGCCCCGACCAGCCGACCGUCCCACCCUCCCCCUCGGAUCCUCUGGACCCAGACCCCUCGCUCUCCCCUCGCUCUCCCCUCGCUCUCCCCUCGCUCUCUCCCCCCUGGCGCCCGGCGCGAUGGCGUCCAACGGCAGCGUGGUGCAGGGCUGCGGCCCCAGCGUGGACUCGCUCUACUCCAACCUGUGUGACCUGACGGCAGCGUGGGGCAUCGUGCUGGAGGCGCUGGCCGCGGCCGGUGUGGUGCUGUCCCUCGUGCUCUUCAUCUCGCUGCUGGCCGGCAUCCCCUUCAUGACGGACAAGAACCAGCGGAGCUCGCUGGGGCUGCACGCCUGCUUCCUGGUCUCCACGCUGGGCCUCUUCUGCCUGACCUUCGCCUUCAUCGUGGGGAAGGACUUCGCCACCUGCGCCUCCCGGCGUUUCCUCUUCGGCGUGCUGUUCGCCGGCUGCUUCUCCUGCCUGCUGAUGCAGUCGGUGCAGCUCAACGUCCUGGCCAGGCGGACCGAAGGGCCCCGGGGGUGGGCCCUGGUCCUGGGGGCCGCGGGGCUGUUCCUGGUGGAGGCCAUCAUCAACACCGAGUGGCUCAUCAUCACGGUGGUGCGCUACCCGCUGGCGCCGCUCAACGCCACGGCGGCGCUGGGCCGCGCCUCGGCCACGCCCUGCAACAUCGCCAACGAGGACUUCGUCAUGGCGCUGAUCUACGUGAUGGCGCUGAUCGCCGCGCUGGUCCUCGGCAGCCUGGCGGCCAUGGGGGGUCCGCACAAGCAGUGGAGGGGCCAGGCGGCCGGGCUGCUGCUGAUCAGCCUGCUCUCCGCGGGCAUCUGGGCGGCCUGGAUCGCCAUGUACGUCUACGGCAACGAGCGGCACGGGAGCGGCCCGCAGUGGGACGACCCCACCCUGGCCAUCGCCCUGGUGGCCAGCGGCUGGGUGUUCCUGCUCCUCCACACCGUCCCGGAGGUGUGCUGCUGGGGGGCGGCGGAGGACAGCCAGGAGAGCUUCCCGGAGGACGCGUACCCCAGCCGGGCGGUGGGCUACGAGACCAUCCUGAAGGAGCAGAGCUCCCAGAACAUGUUCAUGGAGAACAAGGCCUUCUCCAUGGACGAGCCCGGCCAGGGGAACAAAGGUCUGAAGCCCGUGUCGCCGUACAGCGGGUACAGUGGCCAGCUGCGCAGCUCGGUGUACCAGCCCACGGAGCUGGCCCUCAUCAGCAAGGGCCAUCCCCAGACUGAGCUGUCCUACACCACCAUCAUCCCCCGGGCCUCCACCGGCUCCCCCGCCCAGAGCGGCAGCAGCACCCCCACCCUGCAGGGCGACAACGGACACGCCCACGGCAACAACGGGAACGGGCUGCAUAAGGCCCCCCAGUGGUGAGCCCCGGUGACACGCCCCAGCAGCCCAGCCUUCAGCCCCAGCCUUCAGCCCCAGCCUUCAGCCCAGCCUCCAUCAGCCUCCAUCAGCCCCAGCCUUCAGCCUCCAUCAGCCUCCAUCAGCCUCCAUCAGCCUCCAUCAGCCUCCAUCAGCCUCCAUCAGCCUCCAGCAGCCUCCACCAGCCUCCAUCAGCCUCCAUCAGCCUCCAUCAGCCUCCAUCAGCCUCCAUCAGCCUCCAUCAGCCUCCAUCAGCCUCCACCUGCCUCCAUCAGCCUCCAGCAGCCUCCAUCAGCCUCCAUCCUGGAGCUCGCUUCCCUCCACCCUGUUUACCCACCCACAUUUUUUUUUCUUGUUUGUUAUUUUAUAAAUAUUAGGUUUUUUUUAACGCUGCGGCCAUCGGUGAAACCCUGAGCUGGUUCUGAAAGGGAGUAACACCACCUUUACACAACAUGCCCCCCCUCCACCUCAACCCCUCCACCCUGCACAAGAGAACCUCACCGGAUCCACAUUGAUGAGGGGGGGGGGGG